CAGGAAUCCUCGGAAGCUAAGGAUUUCUUCCGUCGCUUCGCCACAGUGCUUCCGCAAUUCGUCCACGGUAACACAACCUCACCGCAACAUCCGCGUCUCACCCGCAACACAGCCGCAAUCCGCGAAUGUCAGAGCCAGAGCACUACAUCCGCAGCCGAAUCGCCAAUGCCUGCGAUGGCUGCAAGGCUCGAAAGGUCAAGUGCGACGGCAAAGUGCCCUGCAGCUACUGCGCCCGCCGGCAGCGGCCUCACGCAUGUCACUAUUCGCCGCAGCGCCGUCGACGAAGCGGGCAACCACCGCGAUCUCCGCCGCAUUCGGACAGGGAGUCGCGCGCCAGGUCGACAAGGAAUCCUUCGCCUGCGACGCCGGUGACGGACCUUGCGAGGCCGGCGUCCACUCAUGAGAGGAUGGAUGCGUCGCCAGAGGACGAGACCGAGGUUCCGAGAGAGGCGCGGCUGGUCUGUGACGCCCAGGGCAAGCUGAUCUUUGUCGGAGACUGCGCGCCAUUGUCCUUUUUUCAGUCUGUACGACAGCUCGUUACACAAAAGGUUGGCCCGAAUGCAUUUGCACCGCAAUCCAGUCGGUACUCGGUGCUGGAAAAUGCCCCUGCGCAUCAAUCGCGUCGCACAUCCGGAGACCAUCGAGUGCCUGUCGUGUGUCCGGACCACAUUCCUCGCGCCGUCUCAACGUACUUGUCGACGUCAACGGGACUGGUGGAUUUGUUCGAUAGCAGGCUUCUUGGCGAUUUGGUGCAGUGGGCGAAUCUCAGCCAGAAACCCGACGAUGCGACGUCAAUUGUCAAUUUCCUCGUCCUGGCCAUCGGCCGGCAGAUGGACGACGAGGAGCUUGCGCAGGACUACUUUGAGUACGCGCGCGACAAGGCAUUCUCGAACUUGAGCGGAAACCUCAGUGUCACUGCCGUCCAAGCCUUUACGCUCGUCACCGUCUACAUGCUUUGUUCGUGUCAGAUCAACGGCGCAUUCCUGUUCUUUGGCAUCGCCGUCCGGGCCGCCUACGCCAUCGGAAUCCACAGAACAGAAGUCAAUGCCAGGUUCGGACCCGACGUCCAUCGGCAAAGGGAUCGUCUCUGGAAGAGUUUACGGGUAGUGGACCUGUUCUUGAGUUGUUCCAUGGGUCGGCCGCCGGCGACAUCCGAUGUUGACUGCACUGUGCCGUACCAUGCCGAGGACAACGAACUCGAUCUUCUCCAGGCGUCGGUCCAGAUAUUUCUUAUCCUUGAGGGGGUUGUGACGGAAAUCUAUUCAAGGAGAAAGAUAUCAUUGCAAUUGACCGAGGGUAUUUCACUGCAGCUACGGGAUUGGUCGCUGAGAUGGCUCAAACCGCUCAAAGAUGUCCUCGCAGAUCCCGGGACUCAUGACCAGGCCCAAGUCAGCGGCGCAUGCCAGAUUCUAUCGACAUACUACUACGCAGUGAUGCUUGUAUCACGGCCUUUUUUGAUGUACGAACUGUGCCAGCGCUUGUCAGACACGUCAGAAGCCUCACCCGGUCGGUCCGGAGCAUCUGGAAAGUUGAGGUUGGCCGAUGCGUGCGUCGAUGCUGCAAGUUUGAUGGUCGACCCGAUCCUGGAUCUGAUUGAACGAGGAGCCCUCGUCGGCCGAGUUCCUAUCUUGGUAUCGUGGCUAUUUGCAAGUUCGCUUGUACUCGGCAUUGGCCUCCUCGGCGGCUUUGGCCGGAUCCUGGAAAAGUACACUCGCAUGUCGAUCCAAGCUCUCGAUCAUUGUUCAAAACAUGACACCCAUGCACGACAGUACUCGCUCAUUGCCCAAUCGCUUCUGACAACUGCCUUGGAGUCGCUUGAGAAGCGUGAGCUGCAAGAACGGAUGCGACGCACCGAAAGCUCAAGCCAGCUGUUUGGUCUAAUCCCAUGCGACACGUCGACUCCAGCGUCACAAACCACUGCGCCCAGUCCUGCUGCAAAUACUAGAUCCCGAGACUCGCUUGAUCGAUCAUUCCUGCAGCACAACGGGGUUCAAGCCAUGGCAUCACCCCGGUUUGGGGAUUUGGAUUCCGCUUUUCUCGGGAUAAGCGAGUCCUUGCUGCAAACACCAGACGCAGGGUACUGGGGAGGGAAUAUCGGAUGGGAGGGGGAUACGGGAUCGGCUCUGAACUUGUUUGCUUUGCUAGAUGCGGGCGGCGGAAUUGACCUCGCACACCAUCUUUGAGUAUCGAGGAGUGUUGAGCCAUCCAUAACCGAUGCCGAGGAUGUCAUUAUCUUUGCAGGCUGGAAUCCAAUUGUCGGCGCCCGUUGAGCCACACAUAACCGAUUAUCCCAAGAUGAUAUGUCACAUCAACCGAGAUGCACGAUUGGGCGGUGACAAUGAUGUGAUCGCAACGGGGCGGAAGUCGGGGGUUUACAUCCGUGCUUCCGCUUCCGUCGUAUGUGGUGCGGGUAAGACUAGAUAACCCGUCAUGGUGUUUAACAGGAAUACCCGAAAGUGCAUGAGCUCUAGUGGAUCGUUCCACUUUUGCAGUUUAGAAGGUAUCUGACUUGAUUCGUCGUCGGAUGCAGUAAAUUACAAAUGGUAGUAACAUGUUGAGUAAGC